UAAUCAAACUGCAGUAUUCUGCUAAAAUUAUUGUAUGCGACAGGUUUAAUUUAACUUCUUAAAUCAUUGGCUAUGUAUCUUGGUGCAGAGCAUGCGCCGAGGGCGCUGUGGGCGCUGUGGGCGCUUUGGGCUUUGAUGGUGCUGGCGCCGGGUGCGGAAGGCGCGGCCUUAGAUUCCUUGUUCGACGUAUCCUCAGAAGACGUCAUCCACAAGCAGAUGGCCAUGAACAGAGGCUUUAGUGACAGCGACGGAGUCGUCGAGGUGCUGAGAGAAGAAUACAGAUAUCCUUUGGAUGGUACGAGGCGAGGUCUAUCGCGGCCGGCCGUGGAGGUGGGCCCCGGCGCGUUCAAGUCGGAGCCGGUACCGCUAUCUCCGCACACGCUCAAGAAACAACUCGAACAUCUCAUCCAACUUCAACAGAAACGAAACAAUCAAAAUAAAAUUUUGGAUCCUUAAACAUCUCAAAUUCAUCAAUAACUUUCUAAAACCUGCAGUUCGUCUGGUGUUCCGAAUUUUUACGUGCGUCGAUGAUCACCUCGGUGUUGGCGCCGCUCCUUUGUCCCCUUCUCCUAGAAAAAAGACUAUCGCGCAUUAUUAUUAUCGUAUGAUUGUACGAGUUAAUAUCUUCCAUUAUCAGUGAACAACAAAACAAGGUAGAAAUAGAAAAAC